AUGUCGUGUUCUUUCCAGUGCAUUCCAGUUGGGCUGCUAUGUGACAAUUUCUGGCAUUGUGUUGAUGGUUCAGACGAAGUCAUGUGCGACAAGCAAGGCAAUGUAGAAGCAAAAAUGGGUACAUCUUACCCUUCCCUCAUAGACAUUGACUCUAAUGGUAAACUAAGAGCAGUAGAGCCACUGUCGAUGACACGCGAACCUCUGUGUCCUGAAACCCAUUUCCAGUGUCCAGGAAGUAACUUCUACUGUUUCCCAGUCUAUGUUCGUUGUAAUGGUGUCUUUGACUGUCCUGGUAAACAGGACGAGACGGCGUGUGACACCUACACCUGUCCCGGCUACUACCGCUGCCGCUCGUCACACGUCUGCCUGCACCCUGAUCACGUGUGUGACGGUUGGUCACAGUGUCCUGAGGGAGACGACGAGCUGCUGUGUGACCUUUCUUGUCCUGACACGUGUGUGUGUCACGGACUGGCCUUCACCUGCACGGCAAGGUUUGCAGCGUCCAGUUACCUGGAGCUGAGGUUUCUUGAUGCAAGUGGCUCGGGGAUGACCCCCAGAGAUGUUGUCAAUAACACCAUGAUCGUUUAUCUCAGCUUUAACAACUGUAACAUUAGUGUUCUUGACGAUCUGAAAUUUGUUAACCUGAGGGUCCUUGACCUAAGUGAUAACUAUAUCAAAUCAUUACGUUAUAAUAAUUUCCGUAAUUUACGUAAUCUGAGAUCCUUAGAUCUUUCAGGUAAUCCUCUUUCAUCCUUACACCCAACUGAUAGACCUCCUCAUUCUGUACUAAGACAGGUAAUAGACCUUGAUGUUUCCAGAGUUAAGUUUUCAAUACUGGAUGUUAUAAUUUCUGAAAUAUUUCCUAAUCUACAAAAACUCAAUCUCUCUGACUGCGGCGUUGAAACCAUUGCUGGCGAGGUGUUCACAAACCUGACUGAACUACAAAGUCUAGAUUUAAAGGGGUCUACUGUGAACUAUUUCCCACCACAAACAUUUACCUCCUUAAGUAAGUUAGAGUCUGUCCACGCUGACAACUACAAGGUCUGUUGUCCAGCCUCUCUUCCCAAACGGAUUAGUUUACAGAAGUGUGAAGCGCCCUCUGACGAGAUCUCGUCCUGUGAUGCUCUCCUGCGCUCAGACACAUACCGUGUCUUCCUCUCGUUAUUCGCGUCUUUAGCUCUGAUGGGCAACGCGGGAAGUUUUAUUUACCGUGUGUUUAUCAGUAAGAAAACAAGCAACCUUGGUUUUGAUGUCUUUAUCACUAAUUUAAGUAUAGCUGACUUUGUGAUGGGUGUGUACCUGGCCAUCAUAGGAAUAGCUGACCGUGUGUACCUGGGAAACUACUUGUGGAACGACUUAAUAUGGAGAAAUAGUUUUGUGUGUAAGCUGGCCGGCUUUCUCUGUCUACUGUCUAGUGAAGUGUCAGCUUUCAUUAUCCUUCUCGUCACAUUAGACCGAUUCCUUGUCAUCGCGUUUCCAUUUAGUGUCCUUCACUUUUGUAAACGUUCUGCGUGGAUAGCUUCAGGUAUAGUAUGGAGUGUAGGUGUUAGUAUUGCAGUGAUUCCUUUGCUGCCGUCAACAACAGUUUGGAACUUUUACAGUCAGAAUGGUAUCUGUAUUCCAAUUCCAAUCAUCAGGAACUACUUUGCAGGUAACGACUACUCUUUUGGUGUCAUGAUUAUACUAAACGGUAUUUUCUUCCUGUUCAUUGCUGCCGGUCAGGUCUUCAUCUUUUGGUCGAUUAGAAUUAACAGGAUAACUAACUCUGACACAUGCAAGAAGACGAAGGACCUGACCAUCGCCCGCCGACUGAUGACAGUGGUUGUGUCUGACUUUUGCUGCAAGUUCCCCGUGGCCUUGCUGGGACUUCCAGCGGCCCGCGGCACGCCAGUCUCUAGUGAGGUCAUCGUCGCUCUCGUCAUCUUCAUUGUUCCUCUCAACUCUGUUCUCAACCCCUUUCUGUACACAUACAAUGUGAUAAUGGAGCGGAGACGAAAGGCUAGAGAAGUGAAGCUAAAGAAAUAUUUUAUAUCACUUUCACAAAAAAGGAACACCGAAACAACAUAG